AAUCUCUUCAACAGAUAUUUUUCAGAUAUCCCAAUGAAACUGCCACAGAUAGCACACAGGCAGGAUAUGGUGUUUUCACUGGUGCUGACCUACGGCCAACAGUCUGUGGAGAUGACCAGGAACGUUUUAAUGGAGAUGAACAGGACUGAUUUGGUGCAGAGGUUGUUAGACAGCAGCUCAGGACCCAAAAAGAAACACUCUUUGGAUGAACACCUGUCUGCACUGAUCCACAAAGUGGCAACAAUGGCGGCUGUGAAAGAGCUGCUUUCAGAAACACUCAAUGAUUUGAGUUACGAGGAGCUAGAAACAUUCAAGUGGUUGCUGGAGUUCAUGUUCUUCCAGAGGAGCCUUCCUCUCUUCUCACAGAGGAUACUGUUAUGUGGAAGUGAGGUAGAAGAUCUGGUAGAUUUAAUGGUGGAGGUGUGCGGUCAGCAGUCUGUGGAGGUGGUGAAGGAGGUUUUCAUGAACAUGAACAGGACUGAUCUGGUCCAAAGGCUGCCAGAGACCAGCUCAGGACACGAAGCUGCAGGAUCAUCAGCUGAAGCAUUUGGUGUGAAAACUGCAGAGAGAGAGAAACACAGUGUGGAUGAACAUUGGCCUGCACUGAUCCAGAAAGUGGACACGAUGGCGUCUGUUAUAGAGCUGCUUUUGGAAACACUGGCUGCUUUGACAGACGAUGAGCUCGAGAAUUUCAAGUUGAUCCUUUUGCGUGAAACCGACUUCGACGAAAGACUCUCAUCCAGGUCAUUGAUGCUGCCAGAGAUAAAACACAGGCACGACAUAGUGUUUUUACUGGUGCAGACUGACGGACAACAGUCUGUGGAGACGACCGAGGAGGUUUUAAAGAAGAUGAAGAGGACUGAUCUGGUGCAGAGGUUGUCAGACAGGAGCUCAGCACCCAAAGAGAAACACUCUGAUGAACAUCGACCUGCACUGAUCCAGGGAGUAGCAACAAUGUCAGCUGUUAAACAGCUGCUUUUGGAAACUCUGAAUGAUUUGAGUGACAAAGAGCUCGAGAAAUUCAAGUGGAUCCUAGAGGAGACUGUCAUGUUGAAGAAUCUUUUAUCCCGCAUGUCACCGAUAAGACUCACCGGAGAAAGGGCAGAAUUAGUCGAUCAGAUGUUGGAUACCUUUGGCCAACAGUCUUUUGACUUAACCGUGGAGGUUGUAAAGAAAAUGAACAGGAUUGAUCUGAUGCAGAGGCUGUCAGAGCCCAGCUCAGGACUCAAAGAGAACCCCUCUGUGGAUGAACAUCGACCUGCAGUGUUGAAGAGAGCAGCUGUAAAACAUGUUCUUUUGAAAGCACUGAAGGGUUUCAGUCAAAAGGAGUUUAAGAAAUUCAAGUAUUUGCUGCAGUUCACGUACUUCCAGAAGGGGCUCUCAUGGAGACAACUGGGCUGGACAAAUAGUAGAGGUGAACUGGUGGCUCUGAUGGUGGAGAACCAGCAGCCGAUGGAGGUGACCAAAGAGGUUUUCAUGGACAUGAAAAGGCCUGAUCUGGUAGAGAGGCUGUCAGAGACCAGCUCAGGACUCAAAGGUCAGAGAAAGAAAACACAAACUGCUACAUUACACGAUCACGUUUGUCUUUUAAAUGUGUAAUACAUGCCUUUUAUAAUUCAUAAUAGCCCGUGAUGCAACAUACCACAUUAAUGAAUUUGACUACAGACUCAUAUUUAUUUGAAUGCAGCCGCUAUGAUUUUCUUGAUUUCACUAUUUAGUAGAUUUUAGUGUCGUUUUUGCAGCAAUAAGUUCUUUAGUUUUUAUUUUCUUUAAAAGCAAUUGAAACUUUUUUAGAAGGAACAAAAUAUAAGUUGCAGUUUAAUACACACA